CGGGGAAGGCGACGGCGCCGAGCGGCGGAGACCGGAGAGCGGAGACCCCCGCGGCGGCUCCCAGGGGUUCGGUAAAGUCCCUGCUCGCCGUCUGACAGUAUUCCAAUGGACUUGCUUCCUCCAUUAGUUGUAAGAUGAUUAAAAGCACAUCCCAUGGUUGAAUUGUGGAUGAGAGGUUCCCUUGGCAAUGUGAGGAGGAAAAAGUUUUUCUGCCCCUUUAUUAUUAAUUCACGGAUUCAGUGUUGGUUCGGCCUACAGGAGAAGUUAACUGGAAGUCUUGGAAGAUCCACCUUUGCUGAAGUUGUCCAGGGUUACUUUUAAAAAGAAGAUUUCAGUGACCAAGCCAGUAGAAGACUUUCACUUCAAGAAAGAGUGAAGCCAACUUUGGCCAAGACUGGAGGAAGCCGUGGUUGAGCAAACCCUUGGAACCUGAGCUUGUUCUAAGGAUUUGUCCAUUAUGUCUCACCAAGGAGAUGACUGCUACUUCUAUUUCUACUCCACUUGUAACAAGGGAGAGAGCUGUUCCUUCCGCCACUGUGAAGCUGCUCUGGGAAAUGAAACAGUCUGCACCCUCUGGCAGGAGGGACGUUGCUUCAGGAACAUCUGCAGGUUCAGACACAUGGAAAUUGAUAAAAAACGCAGUGAGAUUCCUUGUUACUGGGAGAACCAACCAGUUGGCUGUCAGAAAUCCAACUGUGCUUUUCAUCACACCAAAGGGCGUUACGUGGAUGGACUCUUCUUACCACCAAGCAAAACUACACUGCCAAAUCCACCUGAGUCUGCAGAAGAUGAUGUGAAAAUGGCUCAGAUGUCACUGCAGCAAAACAAACUUUCUGUGCAGUCAAAUCCUUCUCCACAGCUGAGGGGAGUGAUGAAAGUGGAAAACUCUGAAAAUGUCCCAAGUCCUACUCACCCUCCAGUUGUCAUCAAUGCUGCAGAUGAUGAUGAAGAUGAUGAUGACCAGCUUUCUGAAGAAGGAGAUGAAGCUAAAGCCCCUGUCCAGCAGGCAGUGACAGAGCCCCACAAUGGAUUACGGAUUGUUUCCACCAGGAAAUCCAGUGCUAGUACAAAGCAAGAUGACAAUUUAAAUUUUGGAAUAAAAACCCUUGAAGAAAUCAGAUUGAAGAAACUAAAGGAAAAAACAAAAAAACAAGGUGAAGGUCCUUCAGGAGUUUCAGUUCAUCCUCUCCAAGCUCGCACCAUUCCCGUGCCAGAGAAGGAAAACGUACGGACAGUGGUGAGAACUGUCACCCUGGCUGCAAAACAAGGGGAGGAGCCAGUGAUUCAACUGGAUCUUGCUGAGAGACUGGGAAAACGUAAAACGUCCUUAGCUGCUAAAAGUGUCCUUCCACUGAGGCGUAACCUUGCUGAGAGGCUGGGGAAGAAGAUGGAGAUUCUGGAGAAUGCUGACAAAGCACCAAAGAGAGUUCAAGUCCCCAAGUCUCUGAAGGAGAGGCUAGGAUUGCCCUCUGAACAAACCAGCACUGAGACAGAGAAGGCUGCCAAGGCAGCAGGAGAGAUCCAUGUGAAAACUCUGGAGGAAAUUCGUCUUGAGAGAGCUCAUCAGAGACGAGGGGAGGCUCCAGCUAAAGCCCAGGCUGAAGGACGUUGUAAAACAGAAGAUCCCAACCUGGGGACAAAACCCUCCCCUGCAGUUCGUAUCAGAGUUUUCUCAGGAGCCCUGGCUGAAAGAAAACACAAGCAAGUGGAAGAAGAGAAGCAAAAACCAGAAGAGUUUCUCCCCAAGACAAAAGUUGAGGGGGAGCCCAAGAAGCAGAAUGCACCAGCUCCAUCUGUGCCCGGCAAAGUGCAGCUGGCAGAGCCAGCAGGAAAAGCCAAGCCAGCAGGAGAGGUGAGGAUUAAAACCUUGGAAGAAAUCAAGCAGGAGAAAGCUCUGAGGAUGCAGCAGAGCAGAGAAAAUGUUCCAGCUCCAGCAGCACAACCUCAGCCUGCCCCCACAGGGAGGAGACUGUUAAGGAUCACAAAGCUCAUAGCACCUGGAAGAGAAGAAAAGAAAAUAGUGGAAUUGAGCAAGCCUUCUGCCAGAGCUGCCUCUGCACCUGCAGAGGCCUCUGAUCAGAGUGCAGCCAAUUCUAAAGUUCAGGUGAAGAGCCUGGAAGAGAUCAUGAAGGAGAAGAGGCAGCUGAAACAACGCCAAGAAGAGAAACCUCAGAAGGAAGCAGGUGCUGUGCCCCUUGAAAAAGCAAUCAAGGACAAAACUCCAGCAUCAGGGAGUCCUGAAGCCACUGUGGUUUCAGGAUCAGCUCAUCAGAUUGCAAAGAAGGGAUUGGGGAAAUCUCCAGAAGAUGGGGUUGAAAGCUCAGGAAAUGAUGGUGCUGUUGGAGCAGCAGGGAAACAAGGAGCUCAGCCUCCAGAAAGGAAAGCUAAAGCCAAAUCUAAGGUGUGCCUGAAGCCUUUGGAUGGGAAAGCUGCCUCCCCCACCAAGCAGACAGUGAAAAGGAAGGCAGCUGAGAGCCAUCCCUCUGCUGUGGCUGCUGUGAAACCCUUGGGCACCACUGGUGGUGACACGAAGGAGCCUUCAGCUAAAAAAGCAGUUGUGGCUGUUGUUCCUGCCUUGCCAGAGGACAGCCCAACCUCCAAACCUGGCAGAGGAAAACGUAAAAGCAGUCCUGAGCUGCAUCCUGGGAGCCAGGCAGAGCUGGUGCCACAGUCAGAAGUCUCCAGCUCCACUUCAGCUUCCCCAGCAGCUGCCAAGACCCGGAGGUUGAGUUCCACAGGGGCUGGGAAAGCACCUUUGUCUGUAGAGGAUGACUUUGAGAAGCUUAUUUGGGAAAUCUCAGGAGGCAAACUGGAAGCAGAAAUUGACCUGGACCCAGGGAAGGAUGAAGAUGACCUUCUUCUGGAACUUUCUGAGAUGAUUGACAGCUGAGCUGCAGAGUCUUAAGGGUUUGCAUUUUGUGUUUUUUUUUUUUUUUUUUUUAAGAAAAAAAUUAAAACUCUUCUGUUGUUGGAUACCUGGAGGUGAUCCUUUUUCUAACUGAGGCUUUGCAAGGAGUCUUAAAGCACAGUUGAACUGGUAGAAACUGGCAGUGUCUGCACUCAGUUGUCCUAAAUUUCCCUGCUGGUCAGAGUCCAAGUCCUGCACAUCCAUCCUGUCACUGCCUUCAACAUGAAGAGGACAAAGCACUUGGUGAUUUGGGGACAGAGAUGUUCAUUUACAAACUGUGGUGGCUGUGAACUGAUCUCAUCCAGUGAUGUUCUGAAGGCAAAAACUUUAAAGCUUCUUCCUCCCCUCCUUCUCCUUUGGCAAAGUUCAACGUCCCUCAUGUUUCAAACUUUUGGGAUUUUGAGUUCUUGAACAGUUGAUACCCAAAACCUGGAGUUACUGUGUCAACUCUUGAGUUUUGUUUAUGUCUGCUACCGUGUUGAAAUUCAGCUUUUUUGGGGGGUAACUUCAUGAAAAUGUCAGGGUGGGAGGGAGCAGAGUGGUGACAACUCUUUGGGACCAAACAGGGGUGGUGAGGGGUGAGUCCAUUCAGCCUUACUGUGAAUUUUCAGGGAUGACACAAUAUUGGUGUGAAAAGCAGCAGCUCUGGGGUGCCCUUAACCCCCCCCUCUUGUUUUGUUGCACUGUACCAAAGCUGAGGAGGGUUGAGGGGGGGGGUGGGGGUUUGGUGCUUUUUGCCAGUGUUCAGUUUCUGGGCUGGGGGGGAGGGGGGUCAGGAUUUUUCUCUUAAACUGCAGUAAAUUGGGAAAUGAGGAAUUGGUUUAAGUGCCUCCUGGUUCCAAGCAUCACUCCCCAAGCUGCCCCUGGGUCUUCUGCUUGAGCUCAGGUUCCACCUCUGCCACUUUGGGGUCAGCAGGGGACAGGGUGUGCCUGGGACAGUGAUCUGGGAACCUGGGAUUGCUGCAGAACCAUCCCUGCUCCCCUUUUGGCCACGUCCUGGGGAUCCUCCUGCUGGAAAAGAACUUGGAGGCUGCAAGGGACCCCCUGGAGCUGGGACAGGGGGUGUGUUGUGUGCCCUGCCCCAGUCAGCAUUGUCCCUAGCAGAUGUAUUUGCAAUUAUUUUCUUAAAAUUGGAAGAACUUUAAUCUCUUCUUGCUCUUGUGAAGCUCUUGGGGCCCCCCAGACCUUUCCAAGUGGAGAAAUGUGGGAGUUGGAUGUAAAUAAUUUCUCUUUGGAAGAAAAAAAAAAAAACAAAAC